CGCAUACAUAUCAUUUACUCAACUGGUUAAAUACAAUAGUGAACUUUUUUUGGUGAUUUGUUUAAUUUCUCGAAAUUUUAGUGAAAAUUUUGUUUGCACGUAUCAUUAAUCCUAAUAUUAUGCGGUGGCGGUUAUAAUUUCUAAUUCCAAUUCCUGUUGGAGUGGAGCCGUUUCCAUUUUCCAUAUUUUCUUGUUUAUGCUUGAAGUUUAGCUGCAAUGGCAAACCCUUACAGAUCAAAGGAAGGUCUCAGCGCGAGGCCAGUGGGUACUUCCGACGAAAUUCAGCUGAGGAUUGAUCCCUUGCACGGAGACCUUGAUGAUGAAAUCACCGGUCUCCAUUCCCAAGUUAGACGCCUUAAAACUGUGGCUCAAGAGAUUGAAUCAGAAACAAGACACCAGAAUGAUCUACUUGCAGAUUUGCAAUUGACCUUGAGUCAAGCUGGGGCUGGGGUGAAAAAUGGAAUGAAGAGGUUGAAUAGGGCUGUCCAGCAGAGCUCAAACCAUAUCGUGCAUGUGAUUAUUUUCGGAUUAAUUUUUUUUACUAUAGUCUACUUCUGGUCCAAGAUAGUUGGAAAAUGAAGAUUGGCUAAGGUUGCAGCAGAGUUGCAUGUGGCAUGGUUGUUUAUGAACUCUUUUUUUCUUCUUCCCUUUAAGCUACUUGUGGUCUAGCUGGUUAGAAGAUGGAAGACCAGGUAAUGUUUCAGCCCCAGUUUCACUUUAACACAGCCACUAUUUGGGAAUCAGAAGGACCUGAUCAGAGUCAUUGAUACACAUGUAGGUACACUAUUAAAUAUUUAGUAUUAGAGCAUUUAACAUAGUUUUAAAGUUUAAAUGUUUAUAGCCAGCCGUAUGACUACAUAUUCACCAAAUUCUUACAACUUGUUUGCUUUGCAUUGUGCUUUGAGACAUGGCAAUGCAGUCUUUUUAAAUAUAUCAUAUUGCAUAAAAUUGAUAUUUA